AUGAAAAAUUUUUAUAUUUUUAUUUUACUUUAUGUUAUCCUUUCGAACUUGAUUCAAUUUUAUGCCUAUAAAUUUUCAUGUAUAGAUGGAAGCAAAAAUGGUCCAUGCUUUAUUUAUGUAAAUCCUUAUGGAAAAACAUUUCAAACAAUAGUUUUACCUACUAUAGCAAAAAGUGAUAAUAAGAUAAGAAUAAAAAUUGUUCAAUAUUUACAGCUUCAAAGAGAAAUUCCUAAAUGUAUAACAAAUCUAAAUCAAUAUAUUAGACAUAAACUUACUCAAUCAAUGAUUCUGGAUGUUUGUUAUGCAUUGAAUAUCUACACAAAAUGUAAACCAAAAACCUUUUUAGUCUUAUCACCAAAAAUUCAUAAAGAAACUGAAACUAUUGUACGCAAUCGUAGUAAUAGCUUUAAUAAUUAUUAUCAUAGAAGACAACAACUAAAAUUACGUCCAGUAUUAAUUAGAUCAAAAUCAUUUGUUUCAUUUUAA